AUGACGAAAAAAUUAAACUUAAAACUUACUCUCUCUCUCUCUCUCUCUCUCUCUCUCUCUCUCUCUCUAUCUAUCUAUUUAUCUAUCUCUAUCUCAAACACACACAAACAAUCACUCUCUCUCAUACACAUACUUCUCUCUCUCCUUUCACUUCUCACUCACUUAUCGCUCUCUGCCCCCACUCUCUCUCUCUAUGUAUUUGUUACUGCAUUUCGCUCUUUGUCUCCGUCUCUGUUUUUCUCUAUAAUUUCUUUCUCACAAUUUCACUACUUUCUCUCCCUCUUUAUUUCUCACCCUCUUUAUUUCUCUCCCUCUUUUUCGUGGCUAUUCCCUUCUCUUAACUUCGCGCUUCCAAAUUCUUUCUCCUUUUCUUCAUUUCUUUAUAUUCUCUAUUUCCCUUUCUUUGCUUUUACGUUUUCUUUACUGUUUGUUUUAAUAACACUUUUAAUUAAUUCUUUCCUAUCUUCUUUCUUUCUUUCUUUCUUUCUUUCUUUUUCUUUCUUUCUUUCUUUCUUUUUUUCUUUCUUUCUUUCUUAUCUUCAUUUUUUUCUAUCCUUCCUUCACUCUCUUAAUCCAUUUCUCAGUUAUUAUCCUUAA